AUGCCCCCUGAGCUGAAUGGCCUGUUUGUCUUUUCAGCUCUUCAUACUGUGGCCCAGGAGCUUCAAACAAGCCUACACGGCUGUACAGAUGGAAGCUGUUACCCAGCAACAGGGAACCUCCUCAUUGGACGGGCUCCUAACCUGACAGCUACUUCUACCUGUGGUUUGAACAGACCCGAGCAGUACUGCAUAGUUAGCCACUUGCAGGAGUCAGAUAAAUGCUUCAUGUGUAACUCCAGAAGACCCUAUGAUCCCUAUCAUCACAGAAACAGCCAUCGGGUGGAGAAUGUCAUCUACAUGAAAGACAGUGAGACAGGAGAGCUCACUUGGUGGCAGUCUAUUAACGGUGAGGAGAAUGUUAGCAUCAGACUCAAUCUGGAGGCCGAGUUCCACUUCACUCAUCUAAUCAUGAAGUUUAAGACGUUCAGGCCUGCUGGCAUGUUGAUCGAGCGCUCUGUGGAUUUUGGACGUACAUGGAGGCCGUAUCGCUAUUUUGCCUAUAACUGCAGCCGGACCUUCCCUGGGGUGCAUACUCGGCCUCUCGAGCGUAUCACUGAUGUCAUCUGUGAGGAUCGAUAUUCUGACAUCGAACCAUCCACAGAGGGAGAGGUCAUUUUUAAAGUGCUUGAUCCAGCAAUCCCAGUCAGUGACCCGUAUAGUUCUAAUAUUCAAGACCUGUUACACAUCACUAACUUGAGGAUUAACUUCACUAAACUACAUACUCUCGGUGAUAACCUGCUGGAUCGGCGUCCUGAUGUGCUGCAAAAGUACUACUACGCUAUUUAUGAGCUGGUGGUGCGUGGCAGUUGCUUCUGCUAUGGCCAUGCAUCUGAGUGCGCCCCAGUUCCAGGAGUACAUGCUAGGGAAUUGGGCAUGAUUCACGGGCACUGUGUGUGUAAGCAUAACACAGUUGGGCUGAAUUGCGAGCGCUGCAGAGAUUUCCACCACGACCUGCCCUGGAGACCGGCUGAAGUCAAUAACCCUCACACCUGCAGAAUGUGCAACUGUAACGGUCAUUCCAACAAGUGUCACUUUGACAUGGCGGUGUAUCUGUCCACGGGGAACGUCAGCGGAGGCGUGUGUGAUGACUGCCUUCACAACACCAUGGGACGUAACUGUGAAACCUGCAAACACUUCUACUACCAAGAUGCGACCAGAGACAUCCGAGACCCGGCCGCAUGUAUUCCGUGUGACUGUGACCCGGUGGGUUCCCUGGAUGGAGGUAUAUGUGACAGUUUUACUGAUCUGAAUCUGGGUAUGAUUGCUGGUCAGUGUCGCUGUAAGCCCAAUGUCAGAGGCCAGCGCUGUGACUACUGCAAAGAGGGACACUACGACCUCAGCCAGGAGGACCCACUCGGAUGCCAACCAUGUAACUGUGACCCUCGUGGCAUAACUAUGAUGGAAACAUCAUGUGAUCAAAUCACCGGGGAGUGCUCAUGCAAGAGAUAUGUGACGGGACGCUACUGCAACCAGUGCUUUCCAGAGUUCUGGGGACUCGGUUAUGACCUUGAAGGCUGCAGAUACUGUGAUUGUGACUUUGGUGGAGCAUACAGCCAACAGUGCAGGAUGGACAACGGUCAGUGCGAGUGUCGACCUAACCUCAUUAGUCGACAGUGCUCCGAGGUGCAGCCUGGUUAUUUCUGUGCAGCUCUGGAUUACUACACAUAUGAAGCUGAGAGGGCGGUGAGCCACUAUCCUGAUAGCCCAGAUCUACCUGGCAAGCCUCGUCCUCAGGCUGGGAACGACUGUGCCCAGCACCUCAACAACCAGGUGAGGAGAUACAGGCGCCAUAAGCACAUCGUCCAACAGAGGAGAGCAGUGCUAAGACGCAUUCGGCAGCUGCAGCAGACUCCUGAUGUGACUACUGUACACAGAGAGAGGCAGUCUGGUCAGAUGAUAACCUGGACAGGUCCGGGCUUUGCUCGCGUUAAAGACGGUGCUGGUCUCGUAUUCAACAUCGAAAACAUCCCGUAUGCCAUGGAGUAUGACAUCAUGAUUCGCUAUGAGCCAGAGUCUACAGAGGACUGGGAAGCCAUCGUGAGCAUCACAUCUGUACACCUUCCCACCAGUUCUCGCUGUGGAAACCUGCUGCCCACUGAGCAGGUCUACACUGUCACCUUGUCACAUCACAGGAGGCACGUCCACAUGCCCCGGCCGUUCUGCUUCGAACCCAACAACCACUACAUGGUGUCAAUCCGCUUCCAGCGCCAUGCAGUCACUCAGAGACACCUCACUGCCCACAUCCUCAUCGACUCACUCGUGUUAAUUCCCCGGUAUGAGGAGCUUCCAGGAUUCCUGGGUAAUGACCCAGUGGCAGUGCACCGCCGGGAGUCGAUGGUGCGCUAUAUGUGUGUGGAUUCCUUCAUGGCAAUGCCAAUGCCGACUUUGGCUGAUAUGUGUAUUAAAUACAUCUGCAGCAUCUCAGCUAUUAUGCACGAUGGAGCACUACCAUGUCACUGUGACCCUCAAGGAUCAUUAAAUAUAGAGUGUAAAAAGAUCGGAGGUCAGUGUCUCUGUAAACCCAACGUGAUUGGACGGACUUGUAACCAAUGCGCUCCGAGAACUUACGGAUUUGGACCCUAUGGUUGCGCUGCUUGUGACUGCAACCAUGACGGCUCGACCAGGCAGCAGUGCGACCCAGUUACAGGUCAGUGCCCGUGCAAGCCAGGAGCCCAUGGUCGGCAGUGCUCUGAAUGCCAGCCUGGACACUGGGGCUUUCCAAACUGCAGGCCAUGCCAGUGUAAUGGACAUGCAGAGACCUGUGACCACCACACUGGCACCUGUCAUGGGUGCAGAGACCACACAGCAGGUCAUCACUGUGAGAGGUGCGUAAAUGGAUAUUAUGGUAACCCCGUGCUGGGCUCAGGAGAACACUGCCGACCCUGUCAGUGUCCUGGUACCCCAGAGAGUGGGCAUUCCCAUGGAGAAUCCUGUCACAUGGAACCAGCAUCUAACCAAGUCAUCUGCCAGUGCAGACAAGGAUACACAGGAUCCCGCUGUGAUCGCUGCGCUCCUGGAUACUAUGGUAACCCAGAGCAAGCAGGUGGAGAGUGCCGGCCAUGCCAGUGUAAUGGAAACAUCGUGGCUGAGGACCCUGACUCCUGUGACCCCCGCACAGGAGAGUGCCUGAAGUGCCUCUAUAACACGGAUGGGCCUUCCUGCUCCGAAUGUAAGCCUGGCUACUUUGGCAAUGCACUGGCCCGGGACUGUAGAUGUUGUACGUGUAUGAAUUUGGGGACGGAUCCGUCAUAUUGCAGCGAUGAAAAGUGCUACUGUGACAAGCAGACCGGUGCUUGCCCCUGCCGGCCCAAUGUCGUAGGCCAUAACUGUGAUGAGUGUGCUCCCAAUCACUGGAACCUGGGCAUGGAUGGUGGCUGUGAAGCCUGUAGCUGCCACCCAGAAAACUCCCUUGCCGAACACUGCAACUUGCUAACUGGUCAGUGCCACUGCCGGCCUGGAUUCGGAGGAAAGCAGUGUACCGAGUGUGAGCAGUUCCACUGGGGGGAUCCGAACGUACGCUGCGAGGAAUGUACAUGUGACCAGUACGGAUCAGAGAGCCCUCAGUGUGACCGAAUCACAGGAAAGUGUGAAUGCAGAGAAGGGGCUACUGGGCAGCGCUGUGACCAGUGUGACCGGGGCUAUACUGGAACCUUUCCUUACUGUGUCCCCUGCCAUCCCUGCUUUAACCUAUGGGACAACAUAGUAUCGCAGGUCAAGAAAGAUUUGGAAAGAAUCCAAAACAAAAUAAAAAAAAUCCUUGAAUUGGGUGAAGUGCCUGGCAUGGGUGAUGCCCGCAUAAGAGAGCUGGAGCGAAAGCUAGCUGAGGUCCAGCAGCUGCUGCAGAAUGAGGAAGGAGGCAAGAUGUAUCAGCUGAUCAACCAGAGCGUCGAUGACUUACGGGCUGAGAUAGCGUUCACCGACGGCCGAUUGAUGAGCGUUGCUAAAGAACUACAAAACACAACAAAGCACAACAGAUUCCUGAAACAGAAUUUAACAUCGAUGGAGCAGGAGCUUAAGGACCUGAACAACAGCUUGACUCAUUUGCAGAAAGAACUAGAGAACUACAUCAGUGGUGGAAUCGCAGAUUCAUUCGACAAAGUGCAAAAGUACUACCAGGAGUCUCUGGAUGCUGAGCAGCGCAGCAACGCUUCUGUUUAUGGGCCUCAGAGUCCAGUGGAGCAAUCAAAACAUACACGCAACAUCACUGAGACCCUGAUAGAUCAGAAAAAGGAUACGUUUAUGCGUACAGUCACUGCCCAGAAGAAGUCCUUGUCAGAACUGGAGAAAAAAACCAAUGAUAUGAAUGAGGAGGUCAAUCAUCUGAGUGACAAAGUGUGUGGCGGCAGGGGCAAUGUGACUGCUGAAGGUACGUGCCCGGACGACCCAUGUGGAGGUGCUGGUUGCAGCGAUGGUGAUGGCACUCUGCUGUGUGGAGGAGCACUGUGCAACGGGACUGUUGGGGAGUCCCUCAGAGCACUGCAGAAAGCUGAUGAUGUCACCAAGAACCUGACAGCCGUCAGUGAGGACCUCAUGAACGUAGCCAGAAGGCUACAAGAUAUCGCCACACUGGCUCAGAAUGUAAAAUCUCAAGCAAUGAACACCCUGGACAAAGCUCAGAAGACGAAAAAGUUCUUUGAGAAGUCCAACAAGGAUCUAAAGGAUUUCAUUCAGAAGAUCCGAAACUUUUUAACCGAGGAAGGAGCAGAUCCAGAAAGCAUAGAGAAAGUGGCACAAGAGGUUCUGGCCAUCACACUGCCAGUUAACCAGACUGUGGUGGACCGUAUGGUACAGGAGAUCAAAAACAACAUUGCCAACCUUGCUGAUGUGGACACAAUCUACAACCACACCAGCAAGCAGAUGGCCAAGGCCAAGGAGCUACUCGACAGAGCCAACGAUGCCAAGACUCAAGCAGAGGGAAUUAGUGACAUCAUUAAUAGGACUAAGGAGGCCAUCAACACCACUCAGGAGACGAUAGAAAAGGCAGAGAAAGCCAUAGAGAAAGCCAUGAACAACCUCAACGCAACACAAAACGCUACUGCCAUGGUGGAGGACAAGCUUUCAGAUUUAGAAGGCAACCUGAUGGAUGUAAUGAUGCGUUUGACCAAUUUAUCCCGGAAGGUGGAUGAAUUAAAGAAUAAGACAGAUCAGAACAGGCAGCUGGCACAACAGGCCAAAGUCCUGUCGGAAAAUGCCACUCAGGCUGCCUCUGAUCUAAACAAGGAAUUGUCCAAAGUAGAGAGUCGAUAUAAAGAGCUGAAGGAGAAGGUGGAUUCUUUAGGAGACUCAUCAGUGAGCAACAUUACCCAGAAAGUUAUAGACAUAAAAAACGAGGCAGAAGCGCUUCUUAAGAAGGCCAACAAGGACAUGGAGACACUAAAAAAGCUGGAACAAAAACUCGAGGAGAAUGCGGAGAAGAUGAAGCAGCAGAGGAUUGAACUGGAGCACUUGGAAAACAAUGCUUCAUAUUUUAAAGAAGUCAUCAGAGAAAAAAUGGUUUACUUCAGCAACUGUCAGUAACAACAAAACAUCAUUGAGCACCGUUCAGAAUGCUAGAGUUAGUUGAAAAGGAUCGGUUUCAGAUGUGAUUCUUUUUACACUCUUUUACUGGACGUAAAAACAUACCACCUCUAAACUGUACGGAAUAUAAACCGUUCUUGUAAUCUGUGACGAGUACAUUGUCAGCUUUAGGUGCUCAUGACUGUGUUGAUGCGGUACAUUAAUUAUAGGGCAUUCAGCAAAAGCGGGGAGGGGGGCAUUUGGUUACCAUGAUAUGUGUAAAGGUUCUUAUAUUCAUGUAAAAAUAUCUAAAGCAAAUAAAUAUACAAACAAUCAUUAAAAUAUUAAGCGAUUGCUCU